AUGACUCACGCGCGCGACGAAGAGGCCACCCUCGCCGAGGAGAACGUGAACCACGUCGUCCUCCGGAGCCUUGAGGACGUCACGGAACCCGUGGACCCGCGCCUUAACCCCGCAGACAGACCGGACAACGAGGUCCUCGACGAGAACUAUGUACAGCAGCUCGAAGACUACAUCCACCACCGAGACCACCAUCUUCACAAGGAGGGCUUGCAUGAAAAGGAAAAGUCGGAGGACUUUUCCCUGGAACCUCUCUAUAUCGAGUUCGAGAAGGGCGACAAGCAGGAUCCUGCGAACUUUUCUCCGGCGCGGAAGCAGGCAAUCCUGCUCACCGCGUGCCUGUUCUCCGUCCUUGUCGCAUCCUCUUCGGGAUCAUACGCGCUCGGUUUCACGUCAAUGACGCGCGAUCUGAAUUGCACGGAUUUCCAGGCUACUCUCGGCAUCUCACUAUAUUGUCUUGGAUUUGGUGUAGUGCCUCUUGUCACCGCGUCAUUCAGCGAAGAGUUCGGUAGACAGCCAUUGUAUCUGUGCAGUGGGAUUGGUUUCCUGCUUUUCACCAUUGCUACGGCAGUUGGCAAGAACAUUCAAACAGUCCUGAUAGCGCGUUUCUUUGCGGGCGCCUUUGGUUCAACGGGUUCGACCAUGGUGGGCGGCACCGUCGCUGACAUCUUCUCUACACGAGAACGUGGUGUAGCAAUGGCUUCCUUCGCCGCUGCUGCCAUCGGCGCAACCGGCGUUGGGUGCCUUGCCUCCGGCUGGAUCGAGCAGAACCCGCACCUCGAAUGGCGCUGGAUUCAGUGGAUACAUGCUAUCUUCACGGGCGUGUUCGUGGUCGCUGUGCCGGUUUUUAUGAAGGAGACGCGUGCGUCGGUGCUGCUGGUGCGGUUGGCGAAAAAGAUGCGCAAGGAAACCGGUGACAAGAGAAUCCGUGCGCGUAUUGAGGACGAGCGUGCGUCGCUGGGUACACUCAUCUAUAUCUCCUGCACGCGUCCGAUCUAUCUGCUAUUGACUGAGCCUGUGAUUGCGAGCUUCACGUUGUGGGUCGGAUUCGCAUGGGGAAUCCUUUACGUCAUGAUAGAGGCCAUUGGUCCCGUCUUCCGAACACUGCAUCACUUCAACGCGGGCGAGGAGGGUUCGGCGUUCAUCACCAUUACGAUAGGUGCCAUGCUUGGCUUGUGCACGAAUGUGAUUCAGGAGAAGAUGUAUAGUAAAAACGUUGCCACUCGAGGACCAGAAGCGCGGCUGUAUGCGCCAAUGGCAGCCGCCAUCCUCUUCCCGAUUGGCAUGUUCAUCUUCGCCUGGUCGACGUACACUCAGGUGUACUGGAUCGCUCCGGCGAUCGGCAUUGUUCUCAUCAUGUGGGCACUGUUCAUCAUCUACCUCGCCGUGUUCACCUAUCUUGCGGACUGCUACGGCACGUUCGCGUCAUCCGCGCUCGCCGGCCAGAGUCUCUUCCGGAACCUGAUGGGCAUGGCGUUCCCGAUGUUCACGACGCAGAUGUUUGCCAGGCUGACGUACCACUGGGCGAACACGCUGUUCGCGCUCAUCGCAGUGGUCAUGAUCCCGAUCCCGUUUGUGUUGUUCUUCAAGGGCCCGGCGAUCCGUGCACGCAGCAAGAUAGCUUCGCAGGUCAUGCAUAUCUAAUGGCGAGACCGCUGUCUUGGGACAACGCUCCGUCUAACCCGAGGUGGUCAUCCCCACCUGUCAUCACCAACACUAGGCGGCCGAGCGUCAUGCGGGGACGCACACUAGGUUUUGUCUCCACCGCCGCUCCCAUAGGAAGGAUAGCAAACUGUACACUAAGCACGCACUGAUUCUUGUCGCAUGGUCACAUAUAGAUUACUAGCAUUCUUGUCAUGGCUGCGUUUACGCAUAGAGCGUUCUUUUGGACUAGAUACCGCCAUCCAAUAAUGCACCGUUUCUGCCUUGAUCAAGUCGGCAGCCACGUAAAAUAUGCUUGAGCGUCCCCCUUUCCUUCAUGUCCCACGAAUGCGAGUGCAUAACACGACGAUGAGGACUUUGUUUUCCGAUGAUAUGCAGAGUGACAGGAUGAGCGGGAUGAGCAACUAUGUACGAGGUGAAGAGCUUGCGAUGACAACGUAUCCGGAGAAGCCGAGAGAG